AUGGAGAGGAUGGAAGGAAGCAGUGGUCUAAGUACCACUUGUCCAAGAAGAUGCAGCUGUGACCCUGCCCGAUCAGUGCAAUGCUACAGAGCUACGGAGAUCCCCAGGGAGAUUCCUUUCACCACCAGGAGACUCUACAUCAGUCACAGCAAAAUUAAACAACUCCAGAUAAAUGACUUCAGGAGAAUGUUAGCCCUUGAAGAGCUGGUGCUGUCGUGCAGUGGCACAGAAUCAAUAGAAAACAACACUUUCAAGUCUCUGAGCACCUUGAAGUCCCUGGAACUCUAUAAAAAUCAGCUAAAGCAAAUACCCACCUUCCUCCCAUCCGGCCUUGAAAUUUUAAAACUCACUGAUAACUCCAUCAACACUCUGCAUGCAUCUGAUUUUGAAGGUUUGAUGAAACUAAGAGUGCUCGAUAUUCGGAACAACUUUAUUGCGACUCUGCCUCCGAAUGCAUUUUCUUCUCUCCGCAAUUUACAAAGUCUGAUUCUGGAUGGCAACAACAUGGAAUCUGUGUCUGCACCACUUAAGCUUCCUAGGCUGAAGUAUCUGAGCAUGACUGAUAAUAAACUGAAUUCACUCCCAACCAACUUCUUUGCCUCUUUCCAACAUCUACGGUUUCUCAGUUUAAGUGGCAACUUUCUGACAAAAGUGCCUCUUGACCUACCCAGAUCACUGCUCUCACUAAAAUUAGAGAAAAACCAACUUAACACUAUAAGACUUCGAGAUGUGAAACACCUAGAAAACCUGUCUGAGUUCUUCCUGUCAGAAAAUCAGCUAACAUCAAUAGAUGGUGUCCAGCUCCUUCCUAACUUAACAACACUGGAGCUCUCUAAGAACCAGCUCCAUUCUCUGCCGCUCAGGCUGCCCAGCAGACUGCAGAAACUCGACUGCAGCAAUAACCUGAUUCGAAGGGUGACAGCGCAGGAUUUCCAAGGACUACAAGACCUCAAGCACUUGUUUCUUGACAACAACGCUGUUAGCACGUUUGAGGCAGGAGCUCUUCAGCAGUGCGCACAACUUUCCAACCUGGCGCUGGAACAGAAUCUCCUCAUUUCUAUUCCGCUGAGACUUCCAGACACGCUUGCUAGAUUGGAUCUAAAGGGAAAUGACAUCAAAGAUGUUGGAGAACAAGAGCUGAAGGACUUGAAACAGCUUCAGGUUUUAAAUUUACGGAAUAACAAGAUAUCUGCCUUGGAUCGCAAAGUCCUAGAGUACUUACCUCGUCUUCGUCAUCUGUAUUUAGAUGGAAACCCUUGGAACUGCACCUGUGACCUUCUGAGAACCAGAAGAGCACUGGUGGCCAAAGGAACAGAUGUCAGGGGAGGGCAGUGCGUGGCACCAGCAGAAAGCCGAGGAGAAAGCUGGAUGUCUUCCAAAAAGAUUCUGCAGCAGUGUGAAGAUAAUGUAUCUUCCACAGAAAGAGGCAGAGAGGACAGAAAGAAAAUGAAACCCCAUGAGGCCUCCAGCACUGGAAUAAACACAGAUGAUGAUUACUAUGAUUAUGAAUUAGAUUAA